AUGUAAUCUAAAGACUUUUAAUUGCAAUUCGAUUUUGAAGCUUUAAGAGAUUCAUAAAUAAAGCUAGAUUAAAUUAUAGAUCAAAUUAAAUAAUCAAAACAAUCGCAAUAGUUAAAAUAGAAUUCGCUUUCUUAAUAGAAAUAUGAAUUUACUAAAAUUAUUUAGCACUUUAAUAUUACUAUAUCUCCAAUCAAAAACCCUGAUAGUAAUAGUAAAUUUUAAAAUUCAAAAGAAUCAGAACUAAAACAGAUCAUUAUUUAAAAAGCUGAUGAAUUGAAAAAAAUAGGGAAUGAAUACUAUUUAAAUGGAAAUUAUUAAUAAGCUAUCAUUAUGUAUACUGAGGCACUUAAAUUAAUUUAAGAUAAUGUAGUUUUAUGGUUAAAUAGAGCUAUCUCUUAUAUCAAAUUGAAUUAAUUUAAUUAAGCAAUUGAAGAUUGUUCAAAAGUGUUGGAAAUUGCACAUUAAGGAAAAUACACAAUUUUGGCCAAUAGUGAUAAUUGUUUUAAAGCAUAUUUAAGAAGAGCAUUUGCAUUUUAUAAGAUUAAUUAAUUUGAUAAUGCUCUAUAAGAUAUUGAGUAAGCUUUAAUAAUUGAUCAUAAAAAUUUAGAGGCUAAAAACUUAAAAAUAGAUGUAGAAAGACAAUUAAUAUUGCAAUAGCAAAAUUAAAAUAAGAAAAAUAGUUUAAAUAGAUUACGUAAUUGUAUUUUAAAGAAAAAAAUAAUUGAUACUGAAUUAAAUUACAAAGAUGUAAUAGAUAGUUUUUUUUUGUAAAAUGAAAAGUUUGAUCUUCUUCAAGCAUUUUAAGUAAUACAAAAGAAUACUGAUGAAUCAGCUGCGUAUUUUUAUGAUAAGAAAGGAAUCGAAACAUUAAUAUAAAUAAUUAAAUCAGAUGAAGAUAGAUUACACGAUUAAUACAACGUAUUUUAUGUUAAAAAAUUAGUUGAUGGCUAGUCUACCAGCAUUGAUCUUAUAAUGUUAUUAAGAAAAUAAUUAUCUAUACUAAGUGUAAUUCAUAAGAAAAUACAAUGGAGUUGAUGUAUUAACUUAAAAAAUUAUCAGUUUGUUAGAGAAAGCAAAUUAAAAAAAGAAUUCAGCAAUUUAUGAUUGUAUAAAAGAUUAUAUUGAUGCUUUAAAUAUUUUGACAGAUGAAAAAGUAAGGAAUCUUAUAUAAUCAAAUCCAAUUUUUGAAACUAAAUUUUAUAAAUAGAUAUUUAAUCCAAUUUUAAUUUUACAUAAUACUGAAUAUGAUUUAGUAAGCUCUUUGUUAAGUUUAUGUGCUAAUUUAUGUUAUGAUAUAAAUAGUUGUUUAAGAACAGUAUUUUAUAUUAAUAUAGAUGAAGUUAUAAUAUAUGCAAUAUAGAUAUUGGAAAAUGUUAAAUUAUGUUAAGAAUCAUACAAUUUAUUAAUAUAAUUGUUUAAUUAUUUAUCGAAUUUAUUGAUUGAAGAACAAUUUAGAUAGAGAUUUCUUAGUUAAAAUAAAUAGUUUUAUAUAUAUUUUUUCGAUAUUUUAAGAAAUUUAGAUUUGCAAUAUGAAGAACUUUUGUAAAUAUAAUUAGGAUUUCUGAUUAAUCUUUUUUAUUGCAAUUAGAUAAUCCAUUCAGAAUAAUUGAUUUUCGAAUUGAGAAAUCUACCGAAAAUUAUGGAAUCUUUUAGUAAUUCUAAAAAUGGUAUAAUAUUGGAGAGAAUAGAAAUUCUUCAAUCUUUUCUUUAAAUUAAUAAAGAAUUAUGGAUAUAGGUAGAGAAUUAGAAAUAGUUGAGAUGA